CUGUCCAAAUGUCAAUAAAAUCGAAUAUACACAACUGCCUCCUUCUCUGCGAUCGAACGAAGGAGAAACCCAGAGGAAAAAAGAUAAAGUAGAAGAAGAACCUUCACGAAAUCGGAGAAAAAACUCUGCCAAUAUUCGGUUGUUUUUUCCGUUUUUGUGUCGAGAAAACAAUUAACGAUACCGUAAAAGCGAACUGCCUUAUUCUUCAUUCAACAGCAAAAGCAACGAGAUAAGAGAAAAUAAUCUGUUCUGCAGUUGAGCAGUGAAACAAGUUGCGUCAAGAGGUGCUCCGUUUGGUGUUUUUGUAUCGUGAUUCCGAUAGGAAUUUGAUAACUAUUCCCAGAAGGAAUCCACUGCGGCUCUAUUUUUCGAAUUACAGGGAACAUUGACCGCUAAAGACUGACGGUUACUUGGAGUGUAUCAGAAAAAAUAUAACAUAAACAUGGCGGAUCAAACAAAUCAGAACUCCGCUCAGGUCCAUUUUUCAGAACCAACCAGAAGCAAGUUUAUGCCGUUGGAUCUAAACAAUGCGAACUGUGAUCGGAAACGUCCCUCGAAGAAGCUCAGCUUUCAGCAAAGUUCCGUAGCCAGUUUACCCAACCGUACGCCACCUUUAUCGGACAAAACGAGAGACAGAAUAAAGAUGCAAGCAACUGGGAAGUUGCAAAUCGCACCUGGACAAAUUUACGACUUUACCGCGGACGAUCUGAUAGACGAGGGCGAGAUCGGCAGGGGUGCGUUUGGGGCCGUGAAUCGGAUGAAAUUCAUUCGAACGGAUACUGUGAUGGCAGUUAAACGAAUCCGAUCCACCGUAGACGAGAAGGAACAGAAGCAGCUUCUGAUGGAUCUAGAAGUGGUCAUGAAAUCGAACGAUUGCAACGCGAUAGUGACCUUUUAUGGGGCCCUAUUCAAGGAGGGUGACUGUUGGAUUUGCAUGGAACUGAUGGACACAUCGCUGGACAAAUUUUAUAAGUUUAUCUGUGAUUGUCAGCACGACCGCAUUCCUGAAUCAAUUCUGGGGCAAAUAACGCUAGCGACCGUUCGGGCAUUGAACUAUCUGAAGGAGGAGCUGGAGAUCAUACAUCGGGACGUGAAACCGAGCAAUAUCCUACUGAAGCGGAAUGGGGAUAUCAAGCUUUGUGAUUUUGGCAUUUCCGGUCAGCUGGUGGAUUCGAUCGCGCGUACCAAAGACGCUGGAUGCCGGCCGUACAUGGCGCCCGAAAGGAUCGAUCCACAACGCGCCAGAGGUUACGAUGUCCGGAGUGAUGUUUGGUCGCUAGGAAUAACGCUGAUGGAGGUCGCCACUGGGAAGUUUCCCUAUCCGAAGUGGGGUUCCGUAUUCGAGCAGCUAUCGCAGGUUGUCGAAGGCGAUCCCCCCCGACUGUUACCAUCCUAUAACGGAAUGGAGUUCUCGACAGAUUUUGUAAACUUUGUAAAUACUUGUCUUAUCAAAGAUGAGAAGGAUCGCCCCAAGUACGGCAAAUUGUUGCUGCAUCCGUUCAUCCAGCGAGCCGAGAAGAGCCAUACCGACGUAUCGGCGUACGUUGGCGAGGUGCUCGAGUCAAUGGCCAACAAUGGCAUUACCCCGUUCACUACAAAUCUACCAGCGGAACGUUGGAACGAGAGUUUUAACUAGAGUAUCUAAAAAUCGAAUCAGUGACAACUUCGCUGUUUUCCUGUGUGAAUGCAUGUAUUGUAUGAGAAAGUGCAAAUAAGAGCGCAGGGGAAAAUGCAUGUGGAAAUAUCGUCUAAUGACUGUAAACCUUUUGGCUUUUUUUUGGUUUAUUCGUUUCGUUGUGAUAGAUUGUUUCAAUUUUUCUAGUUGCGAGAUUUAACUUUAGGUUCAAACUUAACUGUUCGUUGCGAUGAAGACAAUGGAGAUGAUGAGGACAAUAAAUUGUCUCGCAAGCUUCUUUUCGAUUGGAUAAUACUAUUGUUUCUACUCGCCUAGAGUUAGUGUUGAACGGUUACACUGUGUGAAUGCGCUACCAAUUGUGAUUGAGAUUCAAUAAUUUUUAAACAAAAUAUAAUAUAAACUAAUAACUAAUUAUUAAAAGGAUGAAAUGAAAACUAAACCAGAGUUAAACCAGAGGAUAAAUAGCAGAUUUAGCGGGAUGUGGAAGUAAAGAACCUAGUUGUUGUUAGUUGUUGAAUAAAUCAAUUGAUUAUGAACGCUAUGAAA